AUGGCUACCGAGGAUAUAUCAACGGAAGCUGCGGCUGAUUAUCACGAGACUGCUGCUGUGGGAGAAAGCGAUACCCGCAGUAUCCUACUGCCGACAGAAUCGAUGGUCACUGUAAGGCUAUCAGAUCCUUUGGUCGUGCCAUCCUCCGCUAUAUCUCCCGACAACCAGGUUUCUGUGGCAGCACUCGCCCAGUUCCUGCCUGUUGGGCAAGAUCCGGUUCUACAUGAAGAUGCUUUAGACGCUUCCCACAACAGUCACACAUCUUCUGGGCAGGGUCUUCUCGAAGACGAAAGCGGUACUGCUCCUGAUGAGAAUGCUGUUGUACUUGGAGACGAGUACCAGGAGUCUACAGUCUCGAUGACAAGCGUCCGCUCCAGAAGCGAUAGCUCGGGCAGCACCCUAUCUUCAAAUGGCAGCGCCCAGGUCGACUGGGAUGAGUUGGAGAAAAGUGAAGAGCAGGCACCCCGAGACGAGGGAUCUGAUGAAUCAACCGCCUUCCUUCUUGCCAGACUGGAGCAAGAGAACAACGCCCUUGCUAUUAAUCCGAAGGCAGCUCUCGCAAGAGCCAAAUCCACACGAAAGGGCACGAAAGUACGGCCACCCUCUAUUCAACACCUCAAGAAGCUUGUCAACGAACCAACGAAACCUUCACUUCGAUACUCCUUGAUACCGGACCCUCCACCCAUGACAGAGUUAGAGUUCUGGGCAGCUCUCGUUAACGAUUAUCCCCAGACAGCGCAACGCCUGCCAACUUUGACUUCCAACAAGAUUAGGAGUGGAGUUCCACCACCAUUGCGUGGUGUUGUCUGGAUGAGCAUAGCUGGAUCCCGCGAUCCCCUGUUGGAACAUGAAUAUGAAAGGCUCUGUGGCGAGUCAAGCCCUUACGAAAAUCUCAUCGGCAAGGACAUCGGUCGAAGCUUUCCUGGGGUCGAAAUGUUCAGGGACCCUUCAGGAGACGGCCAGCAGAUGCUUGGUACGGUACUCAAAUGCUUCAGUCUCUACGAUCAAAAGAUUGGAUAUUGCCAGGGCCUUGGCUUUGUCGUCGGCCCUUUGCUAAUGCACAUGGGUGACAAAGAAGCGUUUUGUGUGCUCGUCCGAUUGAUGGAGCACUACGAUUUACGCUCAUGCUUCUUGCCAGAUCUCUCUGGUCUCCAUCUUCGCAUCUACCAAUUUCAACACCUACUAUCGAAGCAUCUCCCACGUCUCACAGCUCAUAUGGAAACUUUGCAGGUGGAACCUUUAUACGUGUCCCAAUGGUUCCUCUCGUUCUUCGCAGUCACCUGUCCACUACCUAUGCUACUACGGAUAUACGAUGUUAUUUUGACCGAGGGAGCUUCGGAGACUCUAAUGCGGGUCGCACUAUCGCUCAUGCGUAGGAAUGAAACUAAAAUCUUGACCUGCACCGAAUUUGAAGACGUGAUGAGCCUUCUUCUCUCCAGGGCAUUGUGGGAUACUUAUGGAUCGAAUGCGGAUGAUCUGGUAAACGACUUCGUUGGUUUGACGGGUCUUGUGACGCGGGAGAGCUUGGAAGCCCUUGAAGGAACUUUCAGAGAGCCUAGCAACGAAGAGUCAAUUUCCAAGAGUAGCUCUCUUCCAAAUGUUCAGGCCGCAGCAUCACGUUUUCUGGGCCGUUUCUGGACAGGUCCAAGCUCAUCCGCAAAGGUUACUUCCCCAACUUCUAGCUUAGCUGUCGCAGAGCCACCCCGACCCUCGAGCUUCCUGCGCCGGACGCCCUCGAAACAAAGUAUGGCAUCGACGCUCAACUCCAUUGAAAGCGCUGAGUCGCAACUCAGCGCAGCUUCAACUGAAGCAACGGCUAUGUCGAGAAAUCCUUCAGCUGACGGCACCCCCGUCAAAGCUGGCAACACUCUCGGCAAUAGCGUCUCGUCGUCCAUGGGAGUCACGAGCCAAGACAGGGAUCUUCAUACUCAGAUCGAGGACUUACUGACUGCUCUGAGUGAUAUGCAGCGAGACCAGACCUUACUCGAGAAUGAGGUACAGAAAGAGCGUGAAGAGCGUGAUGAAGAUCGUGCUGCAGUGCAACGUUUUCUGGCGCGAGCAAAGAAGUCCGCCACUCUGGACGUCAUACCAGAGACGCAAUCGCAUGGCUCAUCUUCUGUGUUGGAAGCCCCAGCUACGGCUCUUGAUAGUGACGAGGCCCUGAUGGAUCUAGAACUGCAUUUCAACACGUCUUCGAACAAAAGGUCGUCUCUUAUGCAGCAGACAAAGCAUCAAAUGCGAGAGGAAUUGAAAUUGUGGAAAAAUCAGUAUGAGGUUGAAGCAACAAGAUCCGCCGAUUUGACGCGCCAGCUUGCUGACGAGAGACUGGAAAAUGCUCGUCUCUUAGAACAGUUCCGAGAGGCGCGAGCACGUAUGCAAGAUGCACAUCAAGAUAAACAGCGGCUGGAGAAGACUCUUUCAGAAAUGAGAAGCCGCAGGUUUUCUACAGACAGCGAGUAUGAAUCAACCCCAGCGACUCCAGUUGACACUGGACCUGCGCCCGCUGGACUGCGUGAGCUCAAGCUUGGGAGAUCUGGUUCACUUCGCUCGAAUGCAGCACCGACGCAGCCAUUCGCGAAGCGAUCCAGCAGUCUUGGCAUAUCUGCAGUACUUGCAACUGAGGAUCACAAGCCUGCUCCUGAAGACACGCUUCUACUAGAGCUUGUCAAUGCCAAGACAGCAGAAGCUGUGGCACGGCAGGAGUUGGAAGAGGUGAAGGCAAAGUUGGACUCGUUGCGGAAGAUGAUAGGAGGUGGGCCUGCUAUGACAGUGAGCAGCGGUCAUCGGCCAAGCGCCAGCGAGGCAGGCAUUGUGAAAGUACCGAGCGUGACCGCAGCAGCGAGACCUGCUGUGGAGAAAUUCAAACCUGCUGUCGCUGCUCCUGCUGGUGGCUUCUUUAGCGGCUGGGGAAAAAGAACGGCAUCGAAUCCGGCGGUCACGGUGUUCGUUCCAGAUUCAUGA